AUGCGUGAGGGAACCUGCUACACAGCCGAGCCGGCCCCUAGCCCCGAACCCAGGAAAUGCCAGGACCAAGAAGACUUAAUUCCUCUGCUGCUGCUCAGCCUGAUCUUCCUCAUCGUGGGGAUCAACGUGGUGACUAUGCUCUGGAGGCAUCUGAAGAGAUUCUUGCGGGCACUCUUCAAUCGAAUUUUCCCCAAAGACAAGCAAGCCAGCUGUGUAGACAGCCAUCGCAUGCGCAGGCGCUGCUCCGUGGAUCCCAAGAAACCGCGCUCAAGAGUUUCUUCCCGCCUCCGCCAUCGCCCAAGCUUCCUGCUCGGGCAGCCAAACCACCCUGACUCCUGGAUACGAGACAAAAAAGAUGAGAAGGCUUCUAAGUACUGCCGGAUGCCGCCUCAGUGUGGACGGGCUGGGGCUUCCACGCAGGUUCCACGGAGACUGUGGAAGGAGCGGGUAGUGAGAGCUGGGGAGGCCCCUGCUGUCACAGCCUUAAAGUCCCAAGCCAACUUUUACUCCAGGUAAGAGACAUCUUCCAAGCUCCGCAGGAUGAGCAAGGUGGACGUGUUUCCACUCCGCCUGCCCCAAGAGAGCAAGACUAAGACCCCAGACUCUGACCCAGCCCAGGCCCCAGCCCGGGCCCAGACCCGCCCCCCAGUUCAGCCCCCUGCGCAUGCUCCUGCCAAGGCCCAGACCUUCUCCUCAGCCCACCCCACUGAGCACACACACCCCCCUCCCCCGUCGGAGACCUGCUCCGAGGCCACGCCCAUGAGCACACUUCCGCCCCGGGCCCAGGCCUUCUCCCUAGUGCACCCCACUGGGAACACUCCUGCCAAAGCCCAGACCUUCUCCUCCACCCACCCCUCUGAGCACGCCCCACCUCAGGUCCAGACUUGCUCCACAUUCCACCCCCCUGAGCACACCACCCCCCAGGCCCAGACCCCCUCCCCAGCCCUCACCCCUGAGCACAGCCCUGCCCAGGUCCAUGGCCCUGAGCAUACUUCAGCCCAUACUCCAGCCCAGGCCCAAGCCCAGGCCCCCUCACCUGCCUCAGCCGAAUCCCUGGGCCACACUUCUGUCUGCACCCUGACCCAUGCUCAUCUGACCUAUACCCAUGCCAACACUCUGGUCCCUCCCCCAACUGCUGCCCCUGCUACUACUCCUGCCCUUGCCCCUACACCAGCCCCUGUCCCGAUCUCUGCCACAACCUCUGUCCCAGCGCUGGUCAUGGCCCUGAUGACCACUCCAGUCCCUUCCACCACCCCUACCCCCAUCCUAGGUUCUAUUUCCUCUACCUUGUCUGCCUUCAGCCAAGGCCUCUCCUCCGGCCGUGUGGUCUAUGAUGCCCGCAGGGUAAAGCAGAACUUAUUCCAUGUGUGUCCCCCUCAGAACUCUGGAUAUUCCAGAAAGGACUUGGGUACCCUCUCCAGGCCCCAAGAGAGGCAUGGUCUGCUGAGCUCUGGUACAGCUGAACAAACACUCAAGCAAUGUAGUGGGGACAGUGCCAAGCCCUCCACAGGAUCCAUACUGGGUUACCUGGAGUUGGGGAAUAUGGAAUGGAAGACCUCAAAUGAUUCCAAAGACAAAUUUGUACAGUCCAAGACCUUCCCUUACUGCAGCUUCCUUCCUUGCAGGUCUGAGAAGAGAAACACGAACCCCCAGACUCCAGUCUACCCCAAAUUCCUGUACUCCAAGGAUGCUGUACCUUCUCAACCUUACUUCCAUUCUCAAAACAGUGCCCAGAGGUCACCAUGCACCAUGCCUCCACCAUGCACUCUUUAUCUACCUCUUGUUUCUCCCAGAUCCUGGGUCCUUCAUCAACACAGCAACCACCAGAAGCCCUCCACCUUAAUGCAACCCCCCACCUUUCCCCCAACCUCCAAGUCUUCUCAGUCUGUCCUCUCUUCCCAGGGCCCCAUCCCUCCCCAGUUAUCCACUACUUCCCAAACCCCAAGCCAGGCCCAACCCCCUGAGCUUCAUGAGAGUCUAGACCUCAACCAAGGCUCUGUCCUCCCAAGGACCCCAGGCCUUUCCAAAGUCUGCAGAGUUUCCAGAAACCCAGGCCUUACCACAAACCCAGGCACCCAGAAGAGUCCAGGCCUUAUCCAAGACCCAGGCCUCCCCAAGAACACAGGCCUUGCUCAAGAUCCAGGCCUCCACAAGCUUCCUGGCCCCCAUAAGGGUCCAGCCCUUACUCAAUACUCUGGCUUAUCCCAGAGAUCAGGCCUCCAUAACAACUCAUGCCUUAUCCCAAAUCCUGGCCUCCACAAGGAUGCAGGGCAGCACAUACCACGGACUUCUAUCCCACCCAGUCAGAACUGCCGCUCUCCCAAGGCUCAGGUGGUCUACAAUGACCUGCUAACCUUCUCAGAGGUACCUGUGCUGAUUGUGCUGCAAUCACCCUCCCAGCAAGCAGGCAGCCAAGGCUGGGUGUACCACCCCAAGGAUACAGUUCCUCCAGCCUGCCAGAAUCAUCGCCAGAUGUCUACGCCUCCCAAAACCAGCUGGAAGCCCUACCACCCGUCAGGCACCCGGCUCGGGCAUGUGGUCUUUGACGCCCGCCAGAGACAGUUCAGAGCAGGCAGGGACAAGUGAGAAGCUCUGUCUCCCAGGCGCCUUCACCGAGAGACCUCCAACAACUCACCGGAGCCAUCAAGGAGUGGGGAUAUCAGUGUGCUCAGAGCAACUUAGAAAAAGAGGGGACAGAUAUGCAUGAGGAAUAAAGAGACAAGAGAAGUGUUCUGUGGUUGUUUGAGGACAUCCACCCCAGCCCCAUCCCACAGGGCCUGAUGAGGACCUAAAAUAUCCCUGCUUUCCCUCCGUCGCUGUCUAGCU